UCAACAUAUUGAACAAUAAAAAAAUCUAUUUAUAUUUCAUAAGCUUUACGUAAUUCUAUAAAAUUUUAUUACUGAAUCUACAUUGAAAUGUUGUUGUUUUUGCUCUCCGCGGCCCGUAUCGCUGUCGCCGAUAAAACAAAUGCAUUUGAUAACGCCACUGAUACCGGACUAGUUAACGCGAACGCCAGCGAUACUAAAUACACGGGAUGUGACAAUGACAUACCAUUUGAUACAUUUCUGAAUUUAAUUGUGGAAACUUCUAAAGAACAACUGAAUAAUGUUGCUAAGAAUGUAAAGAUAUAUAGCAAUCUGAGUGAUGAUAACAAUAUAGGCAGGGUCAAUGGCAUUGAUUUAUACGAACAGAUGUUGCAGCACAAUCUUAAAGAGAUAAUCAGUGAUAUAAAGUUUAAUGCAAGUGAAACGUUCAUGUUGGAUUUUAUCGAUUUGUCAAAUUCCAUUCUCGGCAAAACUAUAGAUAAUAUGCUCAAAAUGAACAACCUUGACAGAUUGAUUGGAUUCAAUGAGUCGUCUAAGAUCAGAAGGCAACAAGUAAAAAUAUCAACAACAUUCAUACAGAAUACUAUGUGCGAUUCCCUUUCACUUUGCAGAGAUAUAAAUAAAUACUCCGAAUAUUUAAUAAUACUGCUUAGAGGGGUAAUGGAUUUAACCCCCCCAAAUCUUAAGGUUUUGUUCGAAACGAUUCCAAAAGUUUUAAACAGCUACAAACAUAUUAUAAGAACUAAUGUAAAUUUUAGGGAAUAUUUGAAAUAUUUAAUGAAUACUGAUUCUAGAACACAAAGAGAUGCGUUGGAUAUUUUGGAUGACGUGCUAUCUAAUCCUAAAGAAGCAAUCAAGAAUGGUUCCAAAAAUCAACGUAAGAAAAUAGGUCUGCUUGUAGAAUUGUUCAAAGAGUUAGACGCAGCGUAUGAUCUUAACGAAGAAAAUAAUAAACAGUGGGAAAAUAUUGCUUUGACAUUUAAAAAAUGGUUAGAUAAUGGGGAAAGUUUAGUCGAGGAAGCAUUGACAGCGUUGAUAGCUAAUUUUUGGCUCAAUAUGAAGAUCUGGCCUCUGAUUACACAAAGCAAGAUUAACUAUACUUGGUCUAAGAUUAUUCGUGAUUGAUGUAAAUAACCUUCAAAGAAAAUAUGUACCCAUGCAGUAUUUA